CGCGAUUGCCGAAAACAGUGGAACAGUGAGAUGCGCGUUCACUCUGGCACUAACGAGCAGUGCACAGGGCAGCCCCGGCAGCCGCCCUCCACCCCGCACGGGAACGGUCCGGCCUCCCACGCCGCAGCCCGACCGACGGGAGGAGCCGCAACACCCACAAAAUGGCGCCGGCGGCCGCUUGAGAGUUACGCCCACAAAAUGGCGGCCGCGAGUUGCCGGACAGCCUCGGUGUCUUCCCCGCCGGCGGCGCGGGCUGAUCGCGGCUGACCGCCAGGUUCUAGUUCUCAGAACUCAGGAUGGAGCUGGGGAGGCUGGAGUAUCUGCAGGCCCUCGUCACCGAGUUCCAGGUGACAGACAGCCCAGAGGCCAAGCAGCAGGUGCUGGCCAACCUGGCCAACUUCGCCUACGACCCCAGGAACUACGAGUAUCUGCGGCAGCUCCAGGUGCUGGACCUGUUCCUCGACAUGCUGACGGAAGACAACGAGACCCUCGUGGAAUUUGCUAUGGGUGGUCUUUGCAACCUGUGCCUGGAUAAAACUAACAAAGACUAUAUCCUGGAGGCCAGUGGAGUAGAGCCCAUAAUAAAUUGCCUCUCCAGCUCCAAUGAAGAGACAGUCAUGUCAGCAGUCACAACCCUGAUGUAUCUGACAACACCGCAGUCAUGCCAGCAGACCACACCUCUCCCAGUGGUGGAGUGCAUGCUUCGCUUCUCUCUCUCGGCCAGCAGAAGGCUGAGCAAUCUGGCAACGGUCUUCCUGGAGGAUUACUGCACACCUCUGCAGGUGGAAGAGGCCAAGAACUUAAGCAAACACACAGCAGUAGGGAUUCCUCUCCCUAAGGACUGAAGCUGUCAGAGCAGCUUGAAGCUGUUGAGACGGGCACCUCCCUGUUUUCUCAGGUCUCCCGCUAAUGCUCAGUAGGUCAAGAGUGUGAUGAGAACAAUAAAGGAAGGAAAUCAGACUAGCAUUGAAUUUUAGUUACUAUUGAAAAGGACAGUAGAGCACUGUAGCAAGCCAAAAACGCAGCUGAAACUGGAAGCAAAUAUUUUUAAAUAAAAAAGGCCAUGGCUGUUGGACAGCAGGUUGCUGAGUGCAGCUCAGCACCAGCUUGCAAGUCUAACCCUUUCUAACAGUUACUUUUUCUGCUUGGGUCAUUGUUCAGCUUCUAUCACUUCCACAACUUUUUGCUGAUUUUGCCACAACCUGGUAGCCUUCUAUGAUGUUGUCUCUGGCUGGGUAGAUGGGGGGAGAGCAGUGGAUGUAGUCUGCCUUGAUUCCAGCAAGGCAUUUGAUACUGUCCCCCACGACAUCCUUAUAACAAAGCUGAGGAAGUGUGGGAUAGAUGAGUGGACAGUGAGGUGGGUUGAGAACUGGCUGACUGGCAGAGCACAGAGGGUCGUCGUUGGUGGUGCAGAGUCCGGUUGGAGACCUGUAACCAGUGGUGUUCCUCAGGGGGUCGGUGCUGGGUCUGGUCUUGUUCAACAUCUUCAUCAGUGACCUUGAUGAGGGGAUGGUGGCCACCCUCAGCAAGUUUGCUGAUGAUACGAAGUUGGGAGGAUUGGCUAAGACGCCUGAAGGCUGUGCUGCCAUUCAGCGAGACCUGGACAGGCUGGAGAGCUGGGCAGAAAAAAACCGGAUGAGGUUUAACAGAAGCAAGUGUAGUCUUGCAUCUGGGGAGGAAUAAUUGAAUGCAACAGUACAGGUUGGGGGAUGACCUGCUGGAGGGGAGCUCUGCGGAGAGGGACCUGGGUGUCCUGGUGGACGACAGGUCGGCCAUGAGCCAGCAGUGUGCCCUUUUGGCCAAGAGGGCCAAUGGCAUCCUGGGGUGCAUUGCACAGAGCGUGGCCAGCAGGUCGAGGGAGGUGAUCCUCCCCCUCUACUCUGCCCUGGUGAGGCCUCAUCUGGAGUACUGCGUCCAGUUCUGGGCUCCCCAGUACAAAACAGACAGGGAUCUCUUGGAAAGAGUCCAGCGGAGGGCCACGAAGAUGGUGAGGUGCCUGGAGCAUCUCUCCUAUGAGGAAAGGCUGAGUGAUCUGGGUCUGUUCAGCCUUGAGAAAAGGAGACUGAGAGGGGACCUGAUCCAGGUCUAUAAGUAUCUGAGGUGUGGGGGGCAGAAUGGCGAGGCCGGACUCUUUUCAGUGGUGAGUGGAGACAGGACAAGGGGAAACGGCUGGAAACUGCAGCAUAGGAAGUUCUGCACCAAUGUGCGCAAGAACUUCUUUACAGUGAGGUGACGGAGCACUGGAACAGGCUGCCCAGGGAGGUGGUGGAGUCUCCUGCUCUGGAGAUGUUCAAGACCUGCCUGGACGCCUACCUGUGUGACCUGCUGUAGGGAACCUGCUUUGGCAGGGGGUUGGACUCGAUGAGCUCUGGAGGUCCCUUCCAACCCCUACAAUUCUGUGAUUCUGUGAACUUUCCACAGCCAAUUCAAAUGACUUUGAAAUGACCCAAACUUCAUCCUUCCUGCAGAAGAAAGGUGUUUCCCUGCCUGGUACUUUGCAAUCCUAUUACAUAUUUGGUACUAAAUAUACUGUCUUAUCGUCAUGCCAUAGAACAGGUGAUAGCUAUCCUUUAAGUCAGGAAGUAGAAAGCUGUAUUUCUCUCAUUACCACGGGUGAGAAACGUGCAGGUAGAAAAAGGGUUUAUGGCAUUCAGGUUCACAAGAAAAGCCUUAUCUUAGUAAAACAUUAACUUAACUAUUGUGUAAACAGUUAUCUGUAAGCUUGUAAAUACUUCUCUGCAACACUUGCAGCCCAGCCUCUGCCUGCUCUUACUAAUGCAUGUGGGCCAGAAGUUGAAGCCACUUUGCUCUCCUUUCAUUAUCAGCCAACCAUGCGAAAGGUAACUCAAAAGCCAGGGUGGCUAACUGCCUAAAAACAUAAAUCAGUUUGGUCCUUUAGCACAGUGCUUCCUGAAAGACAACGCUGCAUGCCUGUGAGUUUCAGAGUUUUGCUUCCUCCCCCUUCACCGCAGCUUGAAACACACCAGAGAGAGCUUAAAAACACAAAAGCCAACUGGGGUGUGACAGCUCUGCUGUGAGCGAGCAGCUCCUCUGUGCACACUGGGCACCUUUUUAGCAGACAGCCUGGUGUGCCCAAACUCAUCUCCUUGCAAGUGAAGAAGAUGUAGCCACGUCUGCUGCUCAUGGGGCUCGCAAAGGAAAUACAACUUCGUUACUUACUUCCCCCCUCCUAGGCCAGGAAACGGGUAGGCAUGGUUUACAUGAACCCAGACCACGUUCCCUACCUGCUGUGCAAAGAAAGGCCAUUAGAGCAAAGCCAGUUUGAUAGUCAGCAUGUGAAGGAGGGGGUUCUCCACACCUCACUGGGAAGUUGGGGUAUUUUCAGAGCUUUUCAGGAGUGGGAAGGCAGGCUGGCAGGCUGGCAGACACGCAGCAGCUGUGCCGCACACACUGAGCUCCCGGCCGGCCCUGCCUUCCCACCAGGCGUUCGGUCACCUCUGUCAGGCUGUUCAGGCCCUGACUUAGCAGUUCUGCCACAGAAUCUAAUUUGGUUUUGAGGAGAAAUUUUCAUUUCCUCUAUUCUGGUAAAACAUAUCACAUGUACCAAGCCACACUGCGUGCUUCUUUGAGAAAAUUGAUGUUUGACUUUUAACAUGGAGACAGCAUGUGAUGAUACCCCCAGUCAGGUGUAUGCACUCUCCUCUUCUGCUCCAUCCCAGCCCUGUUCAGAUUAGGGCAG